AUGAGCUUCUUCGCAAACGCCUCUCAUUUCAUCAUCAAUGGCGGCACAUUCAUUGUCGUCUGCCUGCAUACCGCAAGCCCUUUAACGGACUCCCUUGUCCCGUACCGCGGACAACACACCGAGUUGUCGAGUCAAGGAUUUCCAGCAUCUACGCGUCCAUUUACACAUUCAAUGCCGCCGCUGCCGUCCCCGAACCAGGCGGCGCCAGACACAGGAAUCACACCAAUGCUAAUCUUGCCUGCGUUCAUGCUGGCGGGCCACGUUUUGGCAAGCAUAUCGAGUUUAGAAGAAUCUUCCGAGUCGGGGAGAAGGAGGGGAGGCACCCGACGAGUUCGCUCAGAUCCUGGAUUCGUCCCUUAUGUUCGAUAA